AUGCCUGCCACUUAUAAUGCAUCAAGAAUAUCAGCCAUUCUAUCUUUAUGCGGAUUUAUAAUGGGUAUGGACGUCACAUCACUGGCGGUUUUCCUAGAUAAACCGUAUUUUAACGAUUACUUCCAUUAUCCAGGGCCGCUAGUACAAGGUGCGUUAAGCGGUGCUCACCCACUGGGAGGACUUACAGGCUGUUUGGUAUACAGCCUUCUGUGUGACAAAUUUGGUCGUGUUGGUUUGUUCCGUCUAGGUUCAUUAUUUUGGCUCAUGGGUUCGAUUAUCGCGGUGGGCUCAAUUAAUACUGCGAUGGUGAUAGCAUCUAGAUGGAUUAAGGGCACGAACGUCGGAAUUCUCUCCAUUCUGUUAACCGCCUACUGCAGUGAAGUAAUAUCUCCACAACGUAAGGGACGAACAUUAGGCUUCGUUCAAUUUGCCUGUUCUUUUGGAAUAUUGUCCAUGUUUUGCAUGUGCAUCUUACUGAAUCAUUAUUGGCAGGAAGAAUUGACCUUUCGACUUGCAUGGUCAUUAGAAACUUUACCAUGCCUUUUUUUUGUAUUUGGUUCACUGUGGUUACCAGAAUCCCCUACAUGGCUUACAACCGUAGGCCGGUAUGAGCAAGCCCAAGAGGUCCAAAACCACUUAGCUGUAGAGCAUAACCGUGUUUGCGGAGAAAAGACACCACAAAUGGAACUUCUCGAGAAACUAGAUUUGGCUGCCACACUAGAUGAUGCAUCUGAUGGAUUUUCCUACCUAGAUCUCUUUACAUUAAAAUACUUGCCCUUCACUGCAAUGGCAGCGAUUCUUCAACUACUUGUCCAAUUCAGCGGAAUUAGUGUUCUCAUGUAUUAUGCAGUUUAUAUUUGCGAAAUGGUAGGCCUCCAAAGUACCGUUAGAAGCACUGCCGCUGCCAUUCCAUACGCAAUCAACGUAUUGCUUACACUUUUACCACCACUUUUCCUCGACCGACUUCGUCGUAAGGACAUCACAUUAGCAGGUGCUUAUCCACUUGCACUAAUAAUGAUUUCACUCUCACUCACAAUGCUUCUACAAGGACAUCGUGUACAGGAACCAUUAGGUGGAAAUGCUGCUCUCACAUGGACGGUUAGCUCAAAAGGAGCACCCUAUGUGCUUUCACUGUGUUAUUUGUUUGUUUCCGUUUUUUCACUAACACUUGGUGCUGCACCCUGGCUCUACACAUGCGAGAUUCUACCUGUACGUGCUCGCAGCAAAGGACUCGCCGUCUCUAUGGCAGUGGGAUGGGCGACUAACUGUGUUCUCACCUUGGCCGCUCCCUGGCUAUUUGCACGGUUACAGUGGGCUAUUUUCCUCCUACUUGGCUCCGUCACAUUACUGAUUUCCGCAUUUAUUUGCGCAUAUUUCCCGGACACUGUUGAGAUUGCUGCCGCUACCGAUGAUGCCGCUGCUGCUUCCCGUAUCACUAAGCCCGAGAGAGCUAACUCCGAGAGUCCGGACCACGGUAGUUGUACUUUAUCCGGAAGUGAUGAUGAAAAUGGUGCAGAUAAGGAUCCUCACAAUACGCCGCACUACGUGAACGAUAGCCCUUCCAUGUCUCCUGUUGUAGGGCCAACCUUCAAAACUGCCACCACAGAAACUGGAUUGCAGAAGCAACUGCGGCACCAACAUCUACAACACUUGCAGUUGCAGAAACCGAUAGAGCUUUCAAUAGUGGAUGGCGCAUCACUCUAA